AUGGAACAACACGAGGCAAGACCUUUGCAGUUGGUGGUGACCAGGCGAGUGGGGGGCCAAGUGACGGCGAGCAAGGCCAUCAGUGACCAUGCCACGGUCGAGGCCUUCAUCGAGCUCGUCACCGCCUUUGCACCUCCCCGCUCCCCUCUCACCCGCUCCGUCAACUUCGCGCCGGGUGUGGAGGUGACUGAGGUCCAGCUGCCGGCUGGGGUCGACUGGGGCGUGUUCCGGCAGACGCAGGGCAAGGUGGAGCUCUGGGGCGACAACAACCUGCGCGACGCCACCGUCGCCGGCACGCACCUGGCCUUCUUUCCCGACCUGGCCACCGGCAAGGAGAUCGUCAAUGCCAUCAAGGCUCUGUAG